CCCGACUCCUUUCGUACUUGGGUUCCCCUGUCCCCUCCUCCCGGCCUGGCCUGCAAAUGCCCGGCCGGCCGUCUCUCCAUUGUACUCAGCAUGCGUGCAUAAAACCACGCCGCCCAUUGCCCAGUUGAUGCAAACUCAGCCACAGCCAUAUCAGUUUUGUUUACACAGUUUAGGCCGGAUUCCGGAAGUCUGUCUGUCUACUCUACGCCAUGGCCGCGCCGCAUGGCACCAUCUCGCCGCUGCCGCCGUCCUUCGUCCGCGGGCCACCCGACCAACCAGCGGCAUUGUCCGACGCCACGUUCCGCCUCUUCGGCCGCGACUUCUCCAACGACGGCGGCGCCCAGCAGCCACCCAAGGAAGAGGACGACAACGAGGCCGCUGCUGCAGACGGCAUCCUCGAGCUGGGGGCGGCGGCAGGAGGGGAGACGGAGGCAAGGAAGCAGUUCGAGUGCCACUACUGCUGCCGCAACUUCCCGACGUCGCAGGCGCUGGGGGGACACCAGAACGCGCACAAGCGGGAGCGCCAGCACGCGCGCCGCGCCCACCUCGAGGCCUCCCUCGCCGCCGCCCACUUCCUCCCUGCCGCCCACCACCACCUCUACGGCGCCCUCUUCGGCGCCAUGUCCCCCCAGCCGCCGCCGCCGCCGCCGCAGUACCCGCUGUGGGCAGGCUCCGUGCCCCCCGGGAUGUACGGCGGCGUGGCGGCGCGCUCGGCGGGGCCGUACGGCGGCGGCAUGCCCAUGCCGGGGUUAUGGAGACCGUCGCCAGUGGUGGCCGGGAAGAACGAUGAAGCGGCGGCGGGGUCGGGAGAGAUGGUGAUGAGCGUGGUGACGACGUCGUUCCCGUCCUGCCUCUCCGGCCGGUCGCCGACGGAGAUAGGCAGGUCGUCUGAUAUGGGACAGCAGAAGGAGGCGGUUAGCUUGGACCUCUGCUUGUAGUUCGUUUUCGUUAAUUACGUUUCUCUAGGUUGUGUGCUACUCCGUAUUAUCACCUUGUUAAGGACUUCAGGAGGUCACUAUGUUUUUCAUUCUUCUUUUUGUAAUCGAUCAGGGGUUUUCUUCGUUUCUUGAGUCAGAUUGCACAGCUCCGAUCGGCGUGGGUUAUGAAUAAUUUGUAUGUAAUCCUACCUUUUAUCUAUUUAGGCAACAAGUUUCUUGAGCUA